AUGUUCCAAAACCAGUUGGCAAUUACGACCUCAUCGUUGGGCCUUCAUCCCGUACAUAGCCUACCCGAGAAGAUACAGGCUGCUUCAUCGAAUGGUUUCUCAUCGAUUGAGAUAGUCUACCAGGAACUAGUAGACUAUGGAACUUCACAAACACCGUCUUUGAACAUAACCGAAUCCGCGCGCGCAAUUUCCCAGUUAUGCUCGUCAUUCGACAUGUCCGUCCUGGCCCUGAAUCCUUUCAAAAACUUCGAGGGCCAUAAUUCACCGCUUUUCGAACGGCUAGAGUCUGCACGACACUGGAUUGAGAUCGCAGCAUGUCUGCAAGCCAGCCAUCUCCAAGUACCAUCUCAGUUCGAUACCGCCAACAGCUCGGGUAAUUGGUCGGUGAUGGUGAACGAGUUACAGCAAUUGGCUGAUUUGGCUGCCUCACACUCUCUCGGAAUCGCCUACGAGGCCGUGGCCUGGGGCAGCUACAUCGACACCUGGGAGGAUUGCCUUGGAGUGCGCCAUGAAGCAGACAGCAACUUACGAGCAUCUCUGGAUCGAUUUGUGCAAACAUGCCCCCUUGACAAGAUAUGCUACAUACAAUUCUCCGACGGAGAGAGGUUUUCACCUCCAUUAUCGGCCCAGCACCGUUUCUACCAGGCGGGCUUUCCUCCGGGACUGCCGUGGUCACGGAACAUGCGCCCCUUUCGGCUCGAGACAGAGCUAGGCGCAUAUCUGCCUGUGGUGGAUAUUGCGAGGACCUGGUUGAAGCAGAAGGGAUGGAAAGGAGUGGUGUCGAUGGAGAUUUUCGACUGGCGGAUGCGCGACGCAUCCAGACGGCCAGACGAGAAUGCAAAGCGGGGCAUGAGGUCUUGGGAGAAAUUGGUUGCUGCGUUGGAUGAGCCUCUAUAA